AUGGAUGUUCCCGUCGUAUUUUCCAAUCCCGACUCGCUUACGACCUUGUCAGACGCAGUCAACCAAACGCUUAUCGAUACAGGCCGCUUCUUCAAGUCGUCAGGCUCAUUCCAGUCCCGAGUGCAACUAAAAAGGUCGAUCCCGGCCUCGUAUGACCGCUUUCAGAUUGCCCUGGACAGCCUGUCCGAACAGAUAUUUAUUGCCAAGGCAUUUCUCGAAAAUGACUACGAAGCAAUCAUCGCUAAAAAGACAGCCCCGAAGAUCGAGCCCGCGAGUGCCCUCCCGCCGGCCCAAGACGUUACCAUGUCAGAGGCACCACCAACAACUACCAUAGCCGAGUCGAGUCAGGAUAUUAUCAAAGAACCCGACCAGCAUGAACCGCUAGUCAAGAUGGAGGCUGCUCCAGAAGUGCCCGAGGCCGUUCCGACGGCGAAACCGGAGCAGGAUGAGAAGAAGCCUGUUGCGACCGAAACAGUCGAUACUAUCAAAGCAGAAGAGACUACUACAAAGGCCAGCGAGCAAGCGCCACCGGCGACUAGCGGGGAUGAAUUGAACUUUGACUCAAUGCUCGCGACGGACGGUACACAUGCCAAUGAAUUCGAUCUGAAUUUCAAUUUUGGCAACGACGAGAUAGGCAACCAAAAUUUCCUAGAUGGGACGACGUUCCUUGCCUCGGGCAGUUCAGCCAACAACGACCAAGAUCCAAAUUCGAUCAGCUCACUACUUCCCGGGCUCGAGAGCUACGCAACGGAUACCAAUGCGGGGGGCGACUUUAACCUAGAGUUACAGAAGCUGAAUGACCCGUCGGACAAUCAAAUGGGGAUGGAUGGCAACAUGGGGCCGGACGAUAUCAUGGCGCCUGGCGAGUCGAGUUUUGACGAUCUCUAUAUGGAGAAGGACAAUCUCGAGGGCGAGGACAACCUGCUGGGCGGCGAUGGGUUGAUGGGACUGGGCGAGUUUGAUGACAGCUGGUUCAGCUAG